GCUUCGGAACUCUUGCGCUUGCGCCUGUGGACAAGGAUGGGCGGGCGGUGGGUCCGGGUCUGCAGGCUGGACCUGUGGGCGGUGGGCCAUGGUUGGUUGGAUUGAGCAGGGCCGGUGGACGCCGAGCUGGAGGGGGUGGCAGUGAGCGGCGGCGGAGGCUGCGGGGUUCGACUUGGCUGAUUGAGGAAUCGGCCGGCGGCAGGAGUGUCCUUGCUGUUAUUUGUAGGACAGAUGGACAUCUGACCAGCCUUUCCACUUUGGCAUCCCUCCAGUUCGUUCAUUCAACAAGUAUUUAUUGAGUACAUCCAUGAUCCAGGAGCCAUGCGGGGCCAGUGGAGCCUGCUGCUGGGCCCUGCCCGCCUCUGCCUGCGCCUGCUUCUGCUCCUGGGCUACAGGCGCCGCUGCCCACCUCUGCUCCGCGGCCUGGUGCAGCGCUGGCGCUACGGCAAGGUCUGCCUGCGCUCCCUGCUCUACAACUCCUUCGGGGGCAGUGACACCGCCGUGGACGCUGCCUUUGAGCCCAUCUACUGGCUGGUGGACAACGUGAUCCGCUGGUGUGGGGUGGUGUUCGUGGUGCUGGUGAUUGUGCUGACCAGCUCCAUCGUGGCCAUUGCCUACCUGUGUGUCCUGCCCCUCAUCCUCCAAACCUACUCCGUGCCCCGGCUCUGCUGGCAUUUCUUCUAUAGUCACUGGAAUCUGAUUCUCAUCGUCUUCCAUUACUACCAGGCUAUCACCACCCCACCUGGAUACCCACCCCAGGGCAGGAAUGAUAUGACAACCGUCUCCAUCUGUAAGAAGUGCAUUAACCCCAAGCCAGCCCGAACGCACCACUGCAGCAUCUGCAAUAGGUGUGUGCUGAAGAUGGAUCAUCACUGCCCCUGGCUAAACAACUGUGUGGGCCACUAUAACCAUCGGUACUUCUUCUCUUUCUGCUUUUUCAUGACUCUGGGCUGUGUCUACUGCAGCUACGGAAGCUGGGACCUUUUCCGGGAGGCUUAUGCUGCCAUCGAGAAAAUGAAACAGCUCGACAAGAACAAACUACAGGCGGUUGCCAACCAGACUUACCAUCAGACCCCACCACCCACCUUCUCCUUCCGAGAAAGAGUGACUCAUAAGAGUCUUGUCUACCUCUGGUUCCUGUGCAGUUCUGUGGCACUGGCCCUGGGUGCCCUGACUGCAUGGCACGCCGUGCUCAUCAGUCGAGGUGAGACGAGCAUCGAAAGGCACAUCAACAGGAAGGAGCGUCAGCGGCUGCAGGCCAAGGGCAGAGUUUUUAGGAAUCAUUACAACUAUGGCUGCUUGGACAACUGGAAGGUAUUCCUGGGUGUGGACACAGGAAGGCACUGGCUUACUCGGGUGUUGUUACCUUCCAGUCACUUGCCCCACGGGAACGGAAUAAGCUGGGAUCCCCCGCCCUGGGUGACUGCUCACUCAGCCUCUGUGAUGGCAGUGUGAGCGUGUAAGCUGGAGUGUGUCAGCCACAACUUGAGUACCACCCUGCUUCCUGCGUUGCCUCAAGGGCCUCCAAGGAUAGCUUCUUGGGAUCCUUGAGCCAAAAGAGCCAGUGGGCCUGCCCCCAAGGUACCAUGCAGGGACAACUCAAGGACUGAUCUCCUGGCUGCUGCAGAAGCAAGGCACGAUGUGGAGAAAUCCUAGGACUGAUGUCCCUUUACUCAGGCAAACAGAAGUUCCAGCCCCAGACUGGAGAUCAGGCAGCUAGCAACCUUGCCAGGUUGACCCCGACCUCCUCCAGGUUACAGCACUGGGGUUGGCCACCACCUCUUCCACUUGCCGUCAACAGCUGAAUGGUAGAGAUGAGAUUCUGGCUUCUCAACAGGGCAAAGAUACCAGGCCUGCUGCUGAGGUCACUGCCACUUCUCAUGUGCUGCUGAAGGGAGCAAAAAUAAAGGUAUUUGAUUUUGUAAGGAC